AUGAGUGACUCAGUCAUGGAUGAAAGGCCUUCCCGGGAAAAGCUUGACCUUGAAGAAGGAAGCUCCUCUGCCCCAAGGCAGACCCUGAGGGCGCUGACAGGUGAAACUUUAUCUACGGGUGCAAAGCCUUGCCCAUCGAGAUCGGAUGAAUUGGUUUUCUUUGUGAAUGGGUGGAAGGUAAUCAAGAGGAAUGUGGACCCAGAAGUCACCCUGCUGACCUUCCUACGAAAGAACUUGCACCUGACAGGAACCAAGUAUGCCUGCAGAAGAGGAGGCUGUGGCACCUGCACCGUGAUGGUGUCUAAGCGAGACCCCACGUCCCAGGAGAUAAGACACUUCUCUGUCACUGUGUGCCUGGUGCCCAUCUGUUCUCUGUGUGGGGCUGCUGUCACCACUGUGAAAGGUGUUGGAAGCAUCAAAAUGAGGCUUCACCCCGUGCAGGAGAGGAUUGCCAAGAGCCAUGGCACCCGGUGCAGGAUCUGCACCCCAGGGAUGGUGAUGUCCAGGUACACGCUGCUCAGGAGCCACCCGCAGCCUUCAGAGGAGCCUUCAGCCCUGGGGGGAGGUAAUCUAUGCCACUGCACUGGGUAUCGGUCAAUUCUUGCAAGUGGAGGGACCUUUUGUUUGGAGGCAAAUGGUUGUCAACGGAAAGGAACAGGAAAAUGCUGCCUGGAUCAGGGAGAAAAUGAUUCUUCCUUGCUCGACAGGAAAAGUGACAUUUGCAUGGAGCUAUUUGCAAAAGAGGAGUUCCAGCCCUUGGACCCUACCCAGGAGCUCAUAUUUCCCCCAGAACUCUUGAGGAUGGCAGAGAACCCAGAAAAACGAACCCUGGCCUUUCAUGGAAAGAGCGUCACCUGGAUCUCCCCUGGGGCCCUCAAGGACCUCCUGGAGCUGAAAGCAAAACGCCUGGAAGGCCCUCUCAUCCUGGGCAGCACCUCGCUGGGACCUGCGUUGAAAUCUCAAGGACAUUUUCAUUCAGUUCUCCUCUCUCCUGCUAGGAUUUCUGAGCUGAUUAUGGUGUCUAAAACAAGUGAUGCACUGACAAUAGGUGCUGCCUGCAGUCUGGUCCAAGUCAAGGACAUCUUGACUGAGAGGGUAUCUGAGUUCCGGGAGAAGACCCAGACACACCAAGCAUUCCUGAAGCACCUGAAGAGCCUGGCGGGCCAGCAGAUCUGGAACAUGGCCUCCUUAGGGGGACACAUCAUAAGCCAGCAUUGCUAUUCAGAUCUGAAUCCAAUUCUGGCUAUGGGCAACACUAACCUCAAUCUGAUAUCAGAAGGGGGCAGGAGGAAGAUUCCUCUAAGCGAACAUUUUCUUGCUGGGCUGGCGAGUGCAGACCUGGAGCCAGAGGGAAUUUCGGAGUCUGCGUAUAUUCCCCACUCUCAAAAGUGGGAAUCUGUGUCAGCCUUCCGGCAGGCUCAGUGCCAGCAAAAUGCCUUGGCCCAUGUGAAUGCUGGCAGGCAAGUCCUCUUCAGAGAGGGCACAGACACCGUUGAGGACCUGAGCAUCGCCUACAGAGGGGUCGGGGCUGCCACAGUCAGUGCACAGAAAUCCUGCCAGCAGCUCCUAGGGAGGCGCUGGGGUGAGCUGAUGCUGGAUGAGGCCUGUAGGCUGCUCCUGGAUGAAGUCUCCCUCCCAGGCUGGGCUCCAGGUGGGAGGGUGGCAUUCAAGAGGACUCUGGUGGUCAGCUUCUUCUUCAAAUUCUACCUACAAGUUCUGCAGGAACAGAAGAAGCUAGUAGAGCUGUUCUCUGUGCCUUCACACCCCACGCCAACAGCCCAGUGUUCCUACACUGUCUGGUUUUCAUUCAUUCAGAUGAAGACCCUCACAGGACUUCCCUGGAGACGCCGUUAUCCUGAAAUUUCAGACCGAUUCCUAAGUGCUCUAGAAGACUUCCCGGUCACGAUACCCCAGGGAGUCCAAAGGUACCAGAGUGUGGAUUCUCACCAACCCCUCCAAGAUCCAGGCGGAUGCCCCAUCAUGCACCUACCAGGCCUUAAACAUGCCACAGAUGAAGCCGUAUUUUGUGAUGACAUCCCCAUGCUGGAUAAAGAACUUUCAAUGGCUUUGGUGACCAGUACCAAAGCCCAUGCAAAAAUCAUAUCAAUUGAUUUGUCCGAGGCCCUUGCACUACCUGGGGUGGUUGAUGUGAUAAGAGUGGAGGACAUUCCAGGCACCAGUGGUACCAAAAAUGACAAAUUGUUGGCCGUGGAUAAAGUACUCUGCGUGGGCCAGAUCAUCUGUGCUGUGGUUGCAGAGACAGAUGUACAGGCAAAGCACGAAAAGAUAAAGGUAACCUGUGAAGAACUGGAGCCCAUAAUCUUCACCAUUGAGGAUGCCAUAAAACACAGCUCAUUCCUAUGCCCUGAGAAAAAACUUGAACAAGGAAACAUUGAGGAGGCAUUUGAAAAAGUCGAUCAAAUUGUUGAAGGAGAAAUCCAUGUUGGAGGACAGGAACAGUUUUACUUGGAAACACAGCGAGUGCUUGUUAUUCCAAAGACAGAGGACAAAGAACUGGACAUUUAUGUGUCAACACAGGAUCCAGCCCACGUGCAGAAAAGUGUCCUCUACUUUAAACAUCCCAUCAACUGAAUCACCUGUCAUGUAAAACGAGUGGGUGGAGGUUUAGGCGGCAAGGUAGGAGGACCAGCUGUCGGGGCUAUUGCAGCUGUGGGCACUAUCAGAACUGGUCACCCCAUUUGUCUUGUUCUUGAUUGUGAAGAUGAUAUGUUAAUAACUGGGAGAAGACACCCAUUAUUUGGAACAUAUAAAGUGGGAUUCAUGAACAACGGGCAAAUCAAAGCUCUAGCCAUUGAGUGCUUCAUUAAUGGAGGGUGCACGCUGGAUGACCCGGAGCAGGUAGUAGAAUUUCUUAUACUGAAGCUAUAAAAUGCAUAUAAAAUCCCCAACCUCAGGUUCCAGGGCCAUGCGUGCCUGAGAAAUUUACCAUCUGACAUGGCCUUUCACGGAUUUGGCUUCCCACAAGGAACCCUGGUAACAGAGUCUUGCAUCACAGCUGUGGCAGCCAAAUGUGGCCUUCCGCCAGAAAAGAUUAGGGAGCAAAACAUGUACAGAACAGUUGAUAAAACCAUCUACAAACAAGCAUUCAACCCUGAAACCCUGAUAAGAUGUUGGAAUGAAUGUCUGGACAAGUCUUCCUUUCACAACAGAAGAAUGCAAUAAGAAGAAUGCAAUAAGAAGAAUUACUGGAAGAAGAGAGGCAUUGCUAUGAUCCCCAUGAAGUUUUAAGUCGGAUUUGCUGCAACAAGAUAUCAUCAGGUAAGUCUUGUAUUUCAUAUCUACACCGAGGGGUCCGUAUGGGUCACACAUGGAGUCAACGAACUGGGACAAGGUAUUCACACCAAAAUGCUACAGGUGGCCAGCCGUGAAUUAAAAAUACCCAUGUACAUGCACAUCUGUGAAACAAGUACGGCCAUGGUACCUAAUACAAUUGCUACAGCAGCAUCCAUCGGCUCAGAUGUCAAUGGCAGAGCCGUGCAGAAUGCUUGUCAGAUUCUUCUGAAACACCUUGAGCCCAUCAUUAAGAAAAAUCCAGAAGGUACCUGCAAAGACUGGGUAAGUGUUCCACUCUGUCUAAACUGCUUUGAGCAAAGAAUCAGUCUUUCAGCCACUGGAUACUCCAGGGGCUACAAGGCCUUCAUGGACUGGGAGAAAGGAAAAGGAGACCCUGUUUCCUACUAUGUCUAUGGAGCAGCCUGUUCCAAGAUUGAAAGUGACUGCCUGACAGGAGCUCACAAGAAAAUCAGAACAGACAUUGUCAUGGAUGCAUGUUGCAGUCUAAAUCGGGCCACUGAUAUUGGGCAGAUUGAAGGUUCAUUGAUUCAGGGAAUAGGCCUUUAUACCACUGAAGAGGUGAAAUAUUCCCCAGAAGGUGUCCUGUACUCUCGAGGCCCAGAUGAGUACAGAAGUCCAACCAUCAGCGAUGUCCCAGAGGAGUUUAAUGUCUCCACGUUGCCAUCAUCACAAACCCCACUAACCAUCUAUUCAUCCAAGAGUCUGGGAGUGUCUGGGAUGUUCCUGGGGUCAUCGGUGUUCUUCACCAUCACUGAUGCUGUGGCAGCACACAGAGAAGGACACAUAGCUGAGGACUUCACAGUGAAGAGCCCAGCGACCCCAGAAUGGGUUCGAAUGUCCUGUGCAGACAGCUUCACAGAGAUGAAAAUUGAGGAAUCCAUGCCCUACGCUCGGACGAUGGAAGAGAGCCACGCAAAAUUAGCAGAGCUGCUGGGCCUGAAAGCAAGGGGCCGGUGUCCCUUUCCUUCUAAAAAAAAGAGUCUGACUGUGAAGGGAAAAGAAUUUUAA